CAACGUCGUCGCCGUCGCCGUUGCCGCCGUCGUCGGCUCGGUUCGGCUUGGCUGCCGAGCCUCGGCAGCGUUCGGUAACGCUCGACCCUCUCGGAUAACGGAACACGGAAUAUCGCCGGUGAGCGCUGAUGAUCACGGGGGAUCGGCCAUCGACGGCUACCAAAACCAAACGCGAGAGCGAGUCUGGAACAGGCCGAUCAUCACCAGACAGGGGUGGGAAAAUGGCUGCCGCGGCGAACGUUGCACCGGAGAAUCAGUACUUCUACGAGGAUGUUGUCUAUCGCAUGGAUAAACGGGGUAAUAUCGUCUACGGCAUCGUCAUGGAGAACGACGACUUGGACUUGUCUGAGGAGAGCAGCGACAACGAGGAGAACCUGCCGAAGCGCAAGAAGGGCGAGAUCCGUAUGAUCUGGCAUCCGUCCGGUGUCGAGGAGUUGGUCAACUGCAAAAAGGUUCAUUUGGCCGAUAGAACACUCAUGCCUGGAGAUGUGGUGCGUAGAAUGAUCAAGGGAAAGGAUACACAAAGGGGCUACUGCAGGGAUGUAGAGCUGACAGCCUGUGUACAAGUCAUCGGUACCAAACAGGUUCUCACAGAUAUCAAAAGCGAAGACUUGAUCCCAUUGCAGGAAUUUGCGACAGAUAUGGCGGUGUGCAUGGACUCCUGGGUUGGUGGCAUUAGAAUGACACAUUUCAAAUUAUGGCUGGUAACGCCAGACGGAUCUCACUGUGUCAUAAACGAGAUGGAUUCCUGCGUGUUGGGACAAUUGGAAGAGGCACGAGAUAGCGAUAAUGAUUUUCCACAUCCGACUGAAUUCUAUCCUGGUCAGAAUCUAUGGGGACCGGUUCACUGCUUAGAAGAGGCGCAAUGGAUUCAGUGCACAAAGGAAAUGAAAGCCAAAAGAAAAUUAAAACCUCAAAAAAUAACCAAAGUGAUUGUGGAAAAGGUGGAGACCGAUUGGAUAGGAGUACAUUGGCAGUGCCGAGCAUAUUCGAAGGACGGUGCCUGGUCCGAUCAGGCUCAACCAAAGUUCGUGGUUGAAGGUGAAGAUCUGAAAAAGCUAAAACUGUUGAACGUAUUCGAACCCUCGACGGUACAGGUCGGCAAUCGUAACUUCUACGUCAUUAAGGGCAAUGAGAACGUUAUUACUCGUGAGCAGUGGCGAAAGCAGCAAAGGGAUAUCUAUCAAGUUCCUAAGCAAAGCCCAAAGAAGACGCGUCCGAAUAGCACAGUGACGAAGUUGAUGGAAGAUAAGAAGAAGGAGCAGAAAAAGGAAAAAACGUUUGGUCAACAAUCGACGGAGGAAAACGGUCAAAGUAACGGCGUUCAUUCUCAAGAUACCAUAAGCAACAAUAUUUUAAUGCCGCCCCCACAACAUGCUCAAAGCUCGGACGAGUGGGAUACGGAAGAUACGGGUUCGCAAAGUGACUCCGCUUCGGUCUCUAGCUGUUGUUCCAGCAUGUCAUCAGUGGGAAAGAAAAAGAAGGGUCCUGCAUUGAUGACGAAAGUGCUGAAGAAAAAGAAAUUGCGAAAGGCAAAAAAGAAAGUACCGCCUGUUCCGUUAAUUCCCGGGGCUAAGAUAGUCGUAGAAACGUUGUCCACUAAUACGAAAGCGAAUGUGGUGUGGCAAGACGGCUCAGUAGAAUUUGGCAUACCAUCGACACAAUUGUAUCCAAUUCAUCACCUGGAUGAUAAGGAAUUUUUCCCAGGUGACUUUGUUGUAGAUCAAAAGGAAGAAUCUAGAAUGUAUGGCGUUGUACAAAGUGUUGAUCAUCAAGGCCGUACUGCCAAGAUAAAAUGGUUUCGUACAUAUACUUCUAGUCAAAACCCAGAACCGAUCUUUCUGGAGGAACGGGAAGUGAGCGUUUACGACUUGAAGGAUCAUCCAGACUUUCAAUACAGGCCAGGAACCUUGGUGAUUCGAAUAGCGAAUUUCGAGGGCGAGGACGCCGGAUGUACUGCUGGUCAAGUAUUGGACAAUUACCCAGAAGGACGAGUGAAAGUAUGGUGGAUUGAUGAUCACAUUAGCAUGUGCUGGCCACAGGAUCUCUACAAGGUCGGCGAGUACGAUAGCGACGAAGGAGAACUGUGGGAUGAUGUAUCGUCUGACUCGUCAUGGGAAACGGAAUUGGAAGAUUGCUUUAUCGCCGAUAACGAUGGUACCGAGCAGACGGAAUUGGAUAACAUAAAACCGAAAUUAGCCGCGCACAUUGAGAAAGCUAGAAUCGCGAUGUCAAGAUUGGAAGAGAUUUUUACGCAAAACCCAUCCCUGCAAACAACAGAGGUGAUGAGGAAACUACUCGAAGUCUACAAAGAUUGCCGUUACAUGGAUAAACUGAUGGGUACCACGUUCUUUCACGAAUGCCACUUCCAAGGACUUCUCGAGCGAGUGAGAGAACGCGGCAGAGUAAACGUCGCGCAGCGCAUGGCGGAUCAAGUCACGAGACUCUUUACGCCUAAAUCUGAAUGUCCGGAAGAAUUCAUAGAUAAAGAUAAUUCGAAAAAAUCGAACAAUGGCGAUGAUUCAAACGUAACAGAGAAACAGUUUGCCACAAUUAUCAACGAAUCGGAGAAUGAUAAUACUCCAAGUAUCGAAAGCAAUGCCAAAAAACAGGACGGCGAGGAAAGUGUUAAUCGAUUAUUUAUAUGUCCCAAUCCCAAUCCCGAGGAUUCCGGAUUAUAUUCAGCGGAAAACUCGAAGAAGGAGUCGGGCUCGAGCGAGUCCAGCGGAGAAUUUCUCAUAAGUGAAGACGUUAAUAAUGUACCAGAGUGUUCGUCGACGAUAAACGGUAUGACUCCGCCCGAGAAGACGGAAGCAAACAAAGUGAAAAAAGUGCCGACGAGUCUGCCAACUUCUCAGAGCAUCGGAACUUCGCAAGUGUGCGUCAAACUGUGUAAUUUGAUAAAAGCGCAACUCGUUUUAGCGCAUGCCGAGGUAUCGAGGAGAUUCGGUUUGGGAAAAAUGUCGUUGUCGGACGCAGAGAAAACCUCGUCCCCGCGGAAAAAGCAAAAGGGCGAAGAGGAAGAACGUCUGGAAACGAUGACGGAUCCGUCCUGUUCGGUCGAGAUUCCACCGACGAUUUAUACCGAAGGCGAGGGCUUCUCUAUUGAAGAGUCCGCGCCCGACAGUCAUAAGUUUAAGCUGACCAUGUUCCAGCCCACCGAUAUGAGUAACUUCUUUCGUACGGUAUCCAAAGAAUUGAAGCUGCUAAAGAGUUCGCUCCCGCCGGGUGUCUGGGUGAAGGGAUUUGAGGACCGUAUAGAUUUGUAUUCUGUCAUGUUCCGUGGUCCCGAAAAGACGCCUUACGAAGAUGGCCUCUUCCUUUUUGAUUUCCAAUUGUCCGCCGACUAUCCGGCCGCACCGCCUCUCUGUCAUUAUAUCUCCUACUGCAGCGAUCGGCUAAAUCCCAAUCUCUAUGAAGACGGGAAGGUGUGCGUGAGUCUGCUGGGUACUUGGUCCGGUCGUGGCACAGAGGUGUGGACAAGCUCGUCAACUCUGCUACAAGUGAUAGUUUCGAUACAGGGUCUGAUUCUCGUGAGUGAGCCGUACUUUAACGAAGCCGGAUUCGAGAAACAGAAGGGCUCGCAGCAAGGACGCGAAAACUCGAGAAUGUACAACGAGAUGGUGGUGCUAAAGCUGGUACAGGCGCAAACUAAAUUGUUGCUGUAUCCACCGUCUGUAUUCAAGGACAUAAUCAUCGCGCACUUCAAGAAACAUGCCGAGAAGUUGCUGCAGAGAUUGGAGUUAUGGAUGGAGAUAUCUGAACAGCACAACAAUCAGCAUCCGCUGUCUCCAGUUACUCCCACCACGUUUAAAGAAAUUGCAGAUAUUGACGAUAGAGUAUUGCCCGAAUUUCCGCUCAUCCCGGCAUCACGAGGUUUCUGCAUAACUCUCCGCAAGACUCUAGCGACGUUCAAAGCUGUGCUCAUUAAAAAAAAUAUAAUACAGAAGUCGGAUGAAUGGCAGGACAAUGAGAACACCGCGGAGUUAAUGAACAAUAUUACAAAUCAGUGCCAAGAAACGUCUGAAUCUGUUGACAGUAAAACAGCAGAAUGUAACGGGAGUAGUAGUAACAGCAAUAGCAGCAGCAAUACGCAAGAAAAUAGCGAAAAGUCGACCUUAAAUGGCAAUCAAUUCAAGGAAGCGAUAUUAUCUUCCUCAACGAAUAGUUUCGCCGCGGCGCCGAGCGAAACGAAAAAGAAUACUUCGAGCCAAAACACCAGCUAGCCACAAGGUAAAAGUAAGCAUAAGUCGAAAUGCUUAGCCCGUUUAAAUUAUAUGGCUAUUCGGUAAUAAAAGAGAUAUAAUUAUAUAUAUUAGAAUGUGCAUAUACAUAUAUAUAUCUCAUAUAGGAUAUUUCUUAAAGAGUGCUCAAUAAUACUAAACAUAGUGCCAUUUCUUGUCAAAAAAUGAAUCGAGAAGUCACGAACCAUUUGUUUCCAUAUAAUGCUUAAUAAAGCUUAAUAAAGCUGGAUGUCAGUGAGCUGUGCGUACCUGAUAGUGUAGCGGUAGAGCGCUCACGCGCGCUACCGUGCGCGUCAUUGACGUACAUUCAGCUAAAGAACGGCGCUGAUUGGGAUGACUUCAAUCAAUAAUUACUACUUUAUUAAAUAUUAUAUGGAAAAAAGUGGUUCAGGACUUGUCAAUUUUUUAUAAGGAAUAGCGCUAUGUAAUUAGUGAACGCUCUUUAGAGAAAUACCUUGCAUAAUAUAUAUAUGUAUAUUAUACACAUUCUUUAAUAACUUAUUGCAUACGGAAUUUUGAAUCAUACACACACAUACACACUUGCGAUAUGUAUCUGUUGAUCGUAUUUAAUAACGAUGCGAUAAUUCCCGACAAAAACUCCACGACAGUUGUUGCUCCACAGCUAGAGAAAUGUUUUUUGAGAAUAACCACGAGAGAAUAACCAUAGCGUGAUUAUAGUUAUUGAAAAAUUGCAACAUGCGCACACGCACACGUACACGCACAUACACGAUUUCGUAUACUAUCUAGACGAAUUGUAAAAUUCACAUUAAUAUCCGGCAUCAACGUAAAAAGGGGAAAAAAGAGAGACCUACGUAAUACACUGUUCUCGCAUUUAGUUCCGUACUUUUGAAGCGAAGGUAUUAUGUAUUUUCUGUGACAAAUGAGAAGGUAAGUCGUCGGUAGCUCGUCUCAAUCUAACAAACAAUAAAGAUAUGUAUAUGUAGUGCGGAAAUAUGAGCGAAAUUUACAUUUCUGUAAAAAAAAGGAGAAAAGUAUGGAAGAUAAAGAGCAGUAACAAUAUGCUGAGCUAAUGAGAAAAUGCAAUAGGAUUUUAAAGGAUUAUAAAUACGGUUAAUUCUGCGCAGCUCAAUUUCACGACUGCACCGAUGAUUUAUUAUCGAAAUCAUAAAUAGGUCGGUUAAUCUUGUCGAGGUAUGUCUUGAAGUUAUUAUGCCACCUAAGUAUUACGAAUAUUCUCAAGCGAAAUUACGAGGUGACUUUAAUCGCAGGCGCGUAAGGCAUAGCUUAGAAUAAAAAAUUCAUAUCUAGAUGAGAUCUCCACGCGAUGGCUAUGUCCGAUAUUAUGAAUUUUCUUAGUAUAGCUUGUGAAGGAUAGAUAUUUAGAAAGAAAUUCAUUAUCUUUACCGUCAAUCUUCCUUUACCGAGAUUUUCCGGUCGUCGGAGAUGGAUUCUCCUUUCAUUCCUAUUAUUUUUCGAGGUAUAUUUUCAAGGUAUGGAAGGACUGAUCUGAAUGUUUUAUUUGAGUACAUUGUUCUAAUAGUAAUAAUUACUUAAUAUGUUAAUAGCUAAGGUGCACCGUAAACGGUAUGUAUCUAUACAGUAUUAUUUAUUUAUUUUGUUUAGCCAUUCGUGCGUAACGUAUCCCGAGGAUAUGUUUGGAAAUUAUUUCUUGUAGAACUACGUUUGUCAUGAUGCACAUAUAAAAAAAAAAUAGUAAGAUCAAAAGAAUAGAAAAAAAAGCUCCCAGAUCGAUUUUCAGUUUAGAAAGUCAUAGUGUAAGACGCUGUGAUAUUCAAAUGUUCGUCAGAAAUUUUUUUUCUUUUUGUCUCUUGCUUUUCUUCUUUUAUAUAAUCUUUCAGUCGCGGAAGAAAUGCGUAUAAAUUCUUACUGUCGUUCAAUUGAUUAUCGAGCUUUUAAAACGUUGAAUUUCCUACGCGUCUUCGCUUAGUGAAAGACGGAAAGGAAUGUUCUUCGAGAAAUUUACGGUGCUGACGAAUAAAGUUAUUAGAAGAGACAGAGAGAGAGAGAGAGAGAGAGAGAGAGAGAGAAAGAUGUCUUCGGUCCUUGUUAUGAUUGUAAAUGAGUAUAUGCUGAUAGGAGCGGAAAAAGGCGCGUUGUGAAAGUCGCCGAAACGUGAAACGGAAUUUGAAAUGCCUUGUAUAUGUGCCAGUUAUAUUUAUAUUAAUUACGGUAAUUAUAUCCAUGAGUUGCGUUCGAAGUUUAUAUUUCACGUCUCACUUCUUCGAAGGGAAAAAAAGAAAGAGAAACUUGCAAGCGCGUUAGGGGCCGCCAGAAUGUGUGCUGAAUUACUACAAUCACAUCGAUGCUAACUUCCCAAGCGUAAAACACGCGAAAAAGAAUGUAUUCUAGUCUAACGUGAAGUGUGUAUGGCGGAUUUAGCUUUUUAUUUUUAAUCUGCUUUUUUUAAUUUAUUUAUUUGAACUGUGUUUUUCCCGCUCCUCCUCGUCACUUUUUUGUUCAUUGCCAUUCGUCAUAAACUCCUGCACAUAUUAAAUUAUAAUUAUUAUUCGUGAUUGUUUUCUUCAAUGAAAUUAAUUGUUCAUUACGCGUUUCGCAAAAUUCCAGUUUGAAGGCACACAUACAUACACACAUUCGUUAAGCUCAAUUCGUUAUUUCAUCGACCUACCGCAUUGGCAUCGAUCUAACAAUAAUUGCAAUAAUUCUGUAAUAAUUUGCUGUAGAUGUAAUUCAGUUUCCUUAAUUUGGAUCAAUAAAAGAUCAUAAAAGGAU